CAAGUGGUAGCAACUGAAUAGUACAAAAAUUUUACUCCAAAUUUGUCAUAUUAUUAUAGUACUCUCUUCUACUCAUCACUCUCGCCCUUAAAUUCUCCCGUUACCUCAAACACUCCUCGCACAAUCAAUUCUCCCCCUUUCGGAAAUGGGUACCACCGGAGAUGAAAACGCAGAAACCAAGUGGCGUUUUCGUUACAAUUCACCCUUGGUCCAGAUCGUGCUCAUCGGCUUGGUCUGCUUCUGCUGCCCCGGCAUGUUCAACGCCCUCUCCGGCAUGGGUGGCGGCGGCCAGGUCAACUCCACUGCCUCCAACAACGCCCUCACCGCACUCUACACCGCCUUCGCCGUCUUCGGCAUCCUCGGCGGCGGAAUCUACAACAUCCUAGGACCCCACUUAACCCUCUUCGCAGGUUGCUCCACCUACGUCCUCUACGCGGCUUCCUUCCUUUAUUACAACCACUACCAACACCAGCUCUUCGCCAUAAUCGCCGGCGCCGUUCUCGGAAUCGGCGCCGGCCUCCUCUGGGCGGCGGAGGGCGCCAUCAUGACCUCGUACCCGCCGGAGAAUCGCAAGGGCACUUACAUUUCCAUUUUCUGGAGCAUCUUCAACAUGGGGGGUGUCAUCGGCGGCUUAAUCCCCUUCAUCUUAAAUUACGGCCGUGGCGACGAUGCGGCCACCGUGAACGACGGGACGUACAUCGGGUUCAUGGUAUUUAUGUCGGUUGGGGCUGUUCUGUCGUUGAGUAUUCUCCCGGCGAGUAAGGUGAUCCGCGACGACGGAAGCAGGUGCAGCAGCAUGUUGUACUCGAACGUGGUUUCGGAGUGUUUUGAGAUUGCGAAACUGUUCUACAACUGGAAGAUGCUUCUGAUUGUGCCGGCGUCUUGGUCGAGCAACUUCUUCUACACGUACCAGUUCAACCACGUGAACAAGACGCAGUUCAAUUUGAGGACGAGGGGGUUUAACAACGUGUUCUACUGGGGCGCCCAGAUGGUGGGCUCCGUGGGGAUUGGGUAUGUGAUGGAUUUCAGCUUCAAGAGUCGAAGGAAGAGAGGGCUGGUGGGGAUUGCGGUGGUGGCCCUUCUUGGUUCUGCUAUUUGGGGGGGUGCCCUUGCCAAUGAGAUCCACCCCCACCCUAAGAUCUUGGACUUCAAGGACUCCCGAUCUCGCUAUGCCGGACCCUUUCUCUUGUACUUCAGCUUCGGCUUGCUUGAUGCCAUGUUUCAGAGCAUGGUCUAUUGGGUUAUUGGAGCACUGGCUAACGACUCUGAGAUUCUUAGCAGGUACUCUGGCUUUUAUAAAGGGAUUCAAAGUGCUGGGGCUGCCGUCGCUUGGCAAAUUGAUAACCAUAGUGUCUCCUCUAUGAACCAGUUGAUUGUCAAUUGGGUGCUCACUACUCUCAGUUAUCCCUUGCUGUUACUUUUGGUUCUCUUGGCUGUCAAAGACGAGAAGGACCCACAAGAUGACUCCGUCAAACAAGUUGCUCCUUCAUCGUCAACAUAGAUACUCUUAUCUCUCUUCUCAUUUGCUUUUUUAUCACAUAUAAAACUCACAAUGUCUCUUGCUACUCACUUCUCUCUUGUUUUUGCCCACAAUAAUGCAAUUUAUAUCGCAACUAUCAAACCUUGCAAUUAUUCUAGGAUGGAUAACUCGUCACGUGAAAGGGAAUAAAUAUUUACCAAGGGUGAAAAUUAGAUAUACAUACAGAUUUUUCAAUGACUA